GCCUAUUUCGAGGAUCACCGAAUGUUCACAAAAUCCAAAGCUUGGUGUUAUUUGCUCGUCUCAAACUGGUAAUCGGCAAACGCUAAUGAUGCUAACCGGAUUAUUGUCAUUUUUAAGAACAUUAUGUUCUUGACUUAAACCAAUCCACCACUCCCCAGUUCAUCCAUGGCCACAAUCUCCUUACCUGAAGUUAACCCCUUGAAAUGGAGUCAAUCCUUCCCUCUACAAUUAUUCCCUCGUCGCAUCCCUUACACCAAUCGCUCGUUCGUUCAACCGCCUAAAUUUUGCUCAAUUCUACGCUCGAAAGAUUCACCGACGCAUAAUUGUAUCAAAUGCUUAUUCUCGCAAAAGUCCUCGGUACAAAUGAGUUCUGAGCCUCUUGAUGGAGAAUACUCUAAAACUCCCUUCGAGAUUAUCGCGACCACAAUAUUGAAUGCGUUAAAGGCCUUGAGGAAGCCGGCAAUAGCUGCGGUUUUGCUAGGGCUUUUAUUGAUGUAUGAUCCCAACUCGGCAAUAGCCGCAUCUGGAGGUCGAAUGGGUGGAAGGUCCUUCUCUUCGCAUUCUUCGUCUUCCUCGUCUUCGAGGAGUUAUUCGGUACCUAGGUCAUCCAGCCCGGGCUUUUCGUACUCGGUGCCGUAUUAUGCGCCUUCUCCUUUUGGGUUUGGUGGGGGCGGCGGUGGAUUUUACGUUGGGCCGGCGGUAGGUGUUGGAGUUGGUGCUGGGUCCAGUUUCCUCCUCAUCUUGAUGGGUUUCGCGGCGUUUAUUUUGGUCUCUGGGUUUCUUUCGGAUCGGUCUGAGGGUAGUGUACUUACUGCCACUGAGAAAACUAGUGUGCUCAAGCUUCAGGUUGGGUUGUUGGGGAUGGGACGCUCGCUUCAAAGGGAUUUGAACAGGAUAGCAGAAGUUGCAGAUACAUCAUCUCCUGAAGGUUUGAGCUAUGUAUUGACAGAGACAACACUAGCUUUGCUUCGACAUCCUGAUUACUGCAUCUCGGCAUAUUCAUCCGUUGACUUGAAGCGGAGUGUUGAGGAUGGAGAGAAACGCUUCAAUCAACUUUCAAUUGAAGAACGUGGAAAAUUUGAUGAAGAGACACUGGUCAAUGUGAACAACAUAAAAAGGCAAAGCACAAGAAGCCAAAGAGCAACUGGAUUUAGCAAUGAGUACAUUGUGAUUACAAUAUUGGCAGCAGCUGAAGGAGUACAUAAACUUCCUGCCAUCAAUGGGAGUGGCGACUUGAAGGAAGCCUUACAAAAGCUUGGAUCUAUUUCUUCUAGCAAAUUAUUAGCAGUUGAGGUGUUAUGGACUCCGCAGAAUGAAAACGACACUCUCUCAGAACGAGAACUCCUUGAAGAUUACCCACUCUUGCGGCCCUUGUGAUGAGGUACUUGCGUACUCACAAAAAGUGAGUAGAACUGUGGCUGUAUUCUGUCGGCCAUCUGUAUAGUUGAUGGAUAAUCUAUAGGAAAACAAAAAGCUUGUUUGUAUUUGCUUAUUUUAAAUUUUAAAUAUUUAUAAGUAUUUUUACAUAA